CGGGUCUCGAACCAAUAGCAGCACAAAUAGCGUGUCACGUGUUUAGCUCCACUGGCCUGUAACGUUCUCUCUGUGAGCUGAGCUGAAAGAGAGCACCAGCCAAAGUUGCACUAUGGGCCGCCUGGAUGGGAAAGUGAUUGUGUUGUCUGCCGCUGCACAGGGGAUUGGACGUGCUGCAGCAAUAGCCUUUGCAAAGGAAGGAGCUCAAGUCACGGCGACAGACAUAAAUGGAGAGAAACUUAAAGAGCUGGAUGGCAUUGAAGGAAUCAGAACCAAAGUGGUGGAUGUGACUAAGAGGGACCAAGUGGAAGCCCUGGCCAAGGAACAUGACCAUGUCGAUAUACUAUUCAAUGUUGCAGGGUUUGUGCAUCACGGCUCCAUCUUGGACUGUGAGGAGUCAGACUGGGACUUUACAAUGAAUGUGAAUGUGCGAAGCAUGUAUCUUAUGAGCAAGGCUUUCCUGCCUAAGAUGCUGGCAAAGAAGUCAGGAAACAUUAUUAACAUGGCAUCUGUUGCUUCAAGCAUAAAAGGUGUUGUGAACCGGUGUGUCUAUAGUACCUCGAAGGCUGCUGUGAUUGGACUCACCAAAUCUAUAGCUGCUGAUUUCAUUGAGCAAGGCAUUCGCUGUAACUGUAUUUGUCCGGGGACUGUUGAUACUCCAUCACUGAGGGGUAGGAUCCAGGCCCAACCCGACCCAGAGCAAGCUUACAAGGAUUUUAUGGCAAGACAGAAAACUGGCAGAAUGUGCACAGCUGAAGAGGUGGCAUAUCUCUGUGUGUACCUGGCCUCGGAUGAGUCAGCCUACGUGACUGGGACAGAGCACAUCAUUGAUGGAGGGUGGAGCCUGUAAAGAACUUGUAACAAACUCGUUGUGACAGUGUGGAGUUGUAGACACAACCAAAAUCAAAAGGACGUGUAUGUGAUUGAAUGAUAACUUUAAAAAUUCUGCAUAUUGAUGCUGUCUUGGUUGGAAUUGCCUUCUUUUUC